AUGAUGGGUACGAUAAACGAUAGAAACAGACAUAUACGUAUUGAACUAUCUGAUAAAAAAGAAUAUGAAGUGUUAUUAAAUUGUGGAAAAAUUCCGCUUUAUUUUGAAGUUGAAAUGAACGAAUUAAAAAGAAAUCCGAAUAUAUUACCACCUGGUGUUCAACUCUUCAUACCAUCAGAAUAUAGGAACCCUGGCGAAAGAUUAAAAUCCAUCUAUAACAAAACCACUCAAGUACAUCAACAACAGCUACCACGACGUCAACAACAACAAAAUUACAACAGAAAUGAUAAUAAUACAUGGCCACAACUGAAUGUAAACGCUUCAUCCUCAUCACAAGCAGCUACAACCACACAGAUUUCUAAUCAAUUUACCGACUGUAAUCUUAAUCAUAAUGUUAAAGUACUAGAAGAAGAGAUGAAAACAAUCAAACAAAAGAUUGAAGAAGAUCAAAAUAGAAUAAAACAAAAAUAUAAAGAUCACCUUACCUCAAUGAAUCAAAGUUGGAUGCUGAUGCAACAACAAAUCCAUACGCAAACCGAAUCUUUAAAGAUAAUGAA